AUGAGUCGUGGAUUGUCAGAAAACAAUAACUUCCCAUAUGACAACAAUCAAAUGGUUUUGGAUAUGAUCCUGUGUUCCCUAAUCGGUGUUCCUCAGCCUAUCAACUGGGACAGUGUGGCAAGGCUAGUUCCAGGAUAUACAUCCAAAGAGUGUGCAAAAAGGUUUGAUGAACUAAAAAGCAGUGGAAGUUCACCUGUUGACAACCAGUAUAAUCCCCUGAUGGCCGCUGGUGGGAGUCCUGUGGAAACUUUAGCUACAUACAUCAAAUCCUCCUUGCUUGAUCCACAGACAGAGUUUCAGGAGCCUGCUAUUGGGCAGGAUUCCAUUUCUAUAACUGGAAGGCCCAGCGCAACCUCCACAAGGAAUUGUUCUUUGGAAUCUGAGAAAGAUCCUGUGCAUAAAGGUGGAGAAAGCACUGACGAAAGCCAGGGGCCAAACAUGGUGAUCCAUGUGUGUGAUGAAGCUAAAAAUCUCAAAGAAGACUUUGUUUGUCCUCGAGACCUUUUGGUUUUGGAAAUGAAAUACUUUGCUGAAUAUCUGUCGGUGGAUGCCCAGCGCUGGGAAGAGGUGGACAUUUCAGUGCACUGUGACGUUCACAUCUUUGACUGGUUGAUAAGAUAUGUUAAAAGGAACACUAAAGAUUCUGAAGCUAAUGAAAUGCCCGCUUUAGAACCAUCAAAUGUUAUAUCGAUUCUUAUUUCUUCUGAGUUUUUGAAGAUGGAUUCAUUAGUAGAAGAAUGCAUUCAGUAUUGUCACAAAAAUAUGAAUGCUAUUGUGGCCACGCCAUGUAACAUGAAUUGUAUCAAUGCUAAUCUUGUCACGCACAUUGCUGAUCUCUUCACACACAAUGAAGUGGAAGAGUUGAAGGACAAAAGGGACAAAUUUAAGAGUAAACUUUUCUGCAAGAAGAUUGAGAGGCUGUUUGAUCCAGAGUACCCAAAUCCAGAUUCUCGAGGAAAUGCAGCGACAUUAUACAGGUGUUGUUUAUGUAAAAAGAUGCUAACUAAAGAAACUGAAAGAAGAAUUCCUUGUGUACCAGGAAAAAUCAACAUAGAUCAACAUGGGAAUAUUGUCUAUGUUCAUAUAAGAGACAAAACCUGGGAAGUCCACGAGUACUUAAUUGGCCUUCAUGAGGAAUUGAAAUCUUGGCGGGAUGUUUAUUGGCGUCUUUGGGGGACAGUCAAUUGGUUGCCCUGCUCAAGAUGUAACCAAUCUUUCCUGUGUACUGAAUUCUCCCAUUGCCAAUACCAUUCGCAGCCAGUUCUUUAUCCAGGUGUAGCAAGUGCUCUGGGCUCAACUGGGGCAGGAAUAUAUCCCUGUUGUAACCAAAAAGUACUUCGAUUUGAUCCUACGACCCUCCCAAAGGGCUGCAAAGUGAGAGAUCACAUGGUUGAUUUACCUUCAGGAAAUGAAGAUGGGGAUGCUUUGCCAUCUCAGGCCACUAAAAUAUUGAAUGAUCUGCUCCAUCACAGGGAUGUUAUUGUUGUUCCUUUCACUAAGGAUGAGAAUAGUGAUUCUGGUAUUGGGCUCUGUGAUGAAAAAGGCAUUGAAUGUGAUGUGCUUGUAGAACCAAAUACGCCGUGGGGUCCCAAAACUGGAGAAAUCAAUGCUUUUCUUUCUCUGAAGAACUGGACUUUACAGCUGAAACAGCAGUCAUUGUUAUCUGAAGAAGAGGAGUAUACCACUGGCUCAGAGGUCACUGAGGAUGAAGUGGGGGAUGAAGAAGAAGUUUGCAGGAAACCAGCAGGGAGAAAGGAGAGAUUAAAGAAAUCCUACAAGCACCCAAAGAAAGUGGUUUCUUCACCUAGUGUUCAGAAAAAGGAGAAGCCAUCUGACAAGUCAAGUUCCCGAGAUGCGUCUCCAUUCAUUGUGAGUAUGCAGCAGAACAAAUGGGAUGCCUCCAGGUCACUAAGAUUCAACCAAGAUGCUCAAAGAGAAGAUGACCAGAGAAGAAUGUCUGAGAUUACCGGGCACUUAAUAAAAAUGAGACUGGGAGAUCUUGAUCGAGUCAAGUCAAAAGACAGCAAAGAAUAUGCAGGAGGCAUUUAUUCUAGACUUGAAGCUCAGAUAAAGGCCUCAGCGCAGGUCAGCGCACGACAAAACAAUGCUGAGAAGAAUGCCAGGUCAAAAUCCCGUUUUGGUCAAGGCCGUCCAACAUAAGGACUCCUGAAAAACUUUUAGCCAGAAUACAUUACUGCUUCCUGAAACUGUACUGCACUCUGACAUACAGAGAACGCACAUCUCUGAAAGCUUUCCAGUCACUUAUUUAUUACUUUAAGCCUUGUAAAUUAUUUUGUGUGAUAAAUGAAUGCAAAUCCAAUAAGGUCUGUACUUAUUUUAAUUGUAAAUAUACUCUUUCUUAACUUUAAAUUUAAUUGCUUUUUUCAGGCUAUUGUGUUAAGUUGCAUAGAAAAUAUUUUAUAAAUCUACGAAGUUAAAUUAUUAGACUAACUUUAUUUAUGGGGGAAGACAAAUAUGCCUUUUAGUAUGCUAGAAAUACUGAAAAGGGAAAAGCAAGACUACUGAAUUCUGAGUACAGUCAGCAGCAUUAACACAACUUGCCUAGAGUAUUUAUAUUGUGCAGUAUUUGAUGGUACAUUUUAGGUCAGUCCUCUGGGGAUUUGCAUUUAAAGUCUGUUGACAAUACCUGUGACUUAGACUAGUUUAAGCAAAAUUUUAAUGCAGUUCUGAGGCUUCCUUCUGUAUAUCACACAACUCCCAUUCAUGUGAAGGUGGGUAGCAGGUAGAGACUAGACCUCCAAAGACGAUGUAAAUGCCAUGAUGAUGCAGUAUUGCAUCUUGCACGUGAAAUGCUUGCUUUACUUGUAUGUGAAAUUAAUACUCAUUCCCAUUACGUAUCUGUCUCCUCUUGCACAAUGCUGUGUUUUGUUCCCUUCUAAUAUCCAGACCCUAGGAUGCAAGGCAGUUCUGUCUCUUAAUGAUGCUAAAUUCCAAGCAGAUAUGCUAUUAAUGCUGCAUCUUUGAACGGAGAUGUAUCAUGAGGAAGAUUUGUGCAUGUAGAUCUCUUGGGUCUAGUUACUUUCUGAAACCUGCCUGAAUAAUACUGUUUAGAAGUCAGAUGCACUUUGAAGUUCUGUAUUUGGAGCAAUAGAAUACAAGUUUGUCUACAUGUAAAAUCCAGGGCUACCAAAAUGAGAUAACUUGCCUAGAAAAUAUGUCACAUAUUAGCAAAGAAAAUGGCAAUAAUGGCAAUAAUAAUGGCUGAAUUCAAGUAAACACAUUCUGACUUUUUGAAACAGGUAGAAAGAGCGCUCAGGGAAAGCUUAUUCCAGGCCACGGCUGUACAAUAAAUUGUGAGUUUGGAAUUAAGUC